AUGAGACUCUAUCUUCUCUAUACCCUACUCUUCCUCUUGGGUCUCUUACCUCCAGUCAGAAGUGGUCUAGGUGCCUCUGAGGCGCACUGCAUGGGUCUGGAGGGCAUUUGCAGAAGAGACGUUUGCAAACUGACAGAAGAUGAAAUCGGUGCUUGCCGGAGAAGAUGGAAAUGCUGCAGGUUUUGGUGGAUUCUCCUGCCGAUUCCAACUCCGGUUAUCUUUUCAGACUAUCAAGAACCUGUCAAGACCAAGAUAAAAUAA